UGCGGCGGCCGCGCUUUGCGGCCUGGCGGCGAUGCUGGGCGGCAGCCGCGCUGGCCUGGGUCGCCUGCGGAGCUGCGGCGGGCGGCUGUGGCGGGGCCGGCGGCGGGCGGCGGGCAUGGCCGGCGGCGGCAUGGGCCAGCGGAUGGUCUGGGUGGACCUGGAGAUGACGGGCCUGGACGUGGAGAAGGACCAGAUCCUGGAGAUGGCCUGCCUCAUCACCGACUCCGACCUCAACGUCCUGGCCGAGGGCCCGAACCUGAUUAUUAACCAGCCCGACGAGCUGCUGGAGAGCAUGUCCGAGUGGUGCAAGGAGCAUCACGGGAAGUCUGGCCUUACUAAGGCUGUGAAGGAGAGUAAAAUUUCGUUGCAGCAAGCAGAGUAUGAGUUUCUGUCCUUUGUACGACAACAGACACCACCGGGUCUCUGUCCUCUCGCAGGUAACUCUGUUCACGCAGAUAAGAAAUUCCUUGACAAAUACAUGCCUCAGUUCAUGAGGCAUCUUCAUUACAGGAUCAUUGAUGUGAGCACUGUCAAAGAACUUUGCAGGCGCUGGUAUCCAGAGGAAUACGAGUUUGCACCAAAGAAGGCGGCUUCUCACAGGGCGCUCGAUGACAUCAGGGAAAGCAUCAAAGAACUUCAGUUCUACAGAGAUAGCAUCUUCAAGAGGAAAACGGAUGAAAAGAAAAGGAAACUAAUAGAGAACGGAGAAAGCGAUAAAACUGCCAGCUGAUUUCUCAUCGUGCCGCGCCAGCCUGUGGCACGUACUAGAUGCGUCUCCUGGUUCUUUUCUGUUUGCCAGUCUCCCGAGAAGCUGCACCCUUCAGUUACCUUCUUUCUUAACGGCAGUUAAAACGCAGACGGAAGCCUCAGUUACUGCUUCUUUUCUGUGCGAGCAAGGCCUCGACACGCUCGAGCCUCAGCAGCGUCUGUGUAUGUCCUAGGUAAAACACGCUGUUUGAUACUCCUCUUCAUCUGGUUUUAGAUGCAGCCUUUCACUACACAAUAAAAACAGUUCUGUUGGAA